ACAUCUAUCUGACAUGAACUUCAAAAUUAGAACUGUCAAGGUCGCACCCUGUAAAGAGAAAAAUGGAAAGCCAUUUGACAAAGUUCGCAAACUGAAAUUUGUUGUUGAUUAAUAAAAAUGUCAAACUCGAAGAACAAGUACAAAUUAGCCGAUAAAAUCAAAACAGACACGCAAACCAUUCAAAGAAACGAAGAUGAAGAGGAAGCUGUACGUUGUGGUCCUACGGAAAGCUGCACAUAUGCGGUAACGGUGUCAAAGAAAACAUCGUCGUCCGGAGAGGAGGAGUCUACCUUGUGUUCCGGGCAGAAAUCCUUCAUCAGCAUUCAUUCCACCGAUCAACUAUGUCAAGUGGCUGACAUCGAUAACCCGUUGAACCUAGACGAGUGCCACGUGGAAGUGUUAAGUCUCAACGAAGUAUUUCCCUCAACGUCGGAGGAGAGUCUCUCUAACGAAGACGAUUCACCAGCGCAAAGGAAACACAGGCAUAAGAAUAAGAGCACGAUGCAAAAGUGUCAAUCUGAGAAUGCUACGAAGUCGGGCUACGUGCCCACAAACAGUAAGUCGUCUACUCAGUCCGGGAGGCAGAAGGCCUCCCUGGAGGGACAGUCUUCCGGGUACUCCGAUUUCGAUAUACCGAAAAACACGAUGUACGUAGUCGGAAGUAAUCCUGGUGAGCCGAAAAUGUCGUAUCAGGAUCCGCCUAAGAAAAUCUCUAAAACGAUGAAAAAGUUCCUGCGAAACAUAGACAAACACAAGAACGAUCAAAACUGCAAGAUUAACGAGAAGGCACUCAGCAAGCUGACGACUAUGCGCGGAAUUCUCAAGGACGGCCGCUGCGUGCCCGAGUGUACGGGAGACUCCGUACAGAGCCCCGACGAAUAUAACGCACCAGAAGAAUUGACGUUGCCUUUCCACAUGGAUUUCUACCCGCAGACAAAUUACACGAAACAGAAUCCAGACAAGAACGUUACUUUCAACACUCAAGUAGUAAUUAUACACUUCAGUGGCGAUUUAUGCGUCGGCCAAAGCGUCGAAACACUAAGCAAAGAGAAGGACCAACAAGCAAGAAACUCAGAAUUAAGGAAAACCUUUUUGACCAAGUACAACGAGUUUUGGCCUUCCCAGAAAUAAUGUUAAGCCUAGAAUUAUUCGCUUACGUCUUUAGUGAUAACGGUGAGAAAGUGGUCAGAUUAGACAGUAUUCACACAUCUUGUACAACGUCAAAUUUAUUAUUAAGUUUUGUGUUUAUCUCGUUUUGUAUUUAUUGAAAAAAUCUUUCUAGGUAAUAUAGUGUUAAAUCAAGUAACCAAAUUGAAAUAUAUAAAUAUUAUAUUUGCUCUCGAGACUUUUAAUUAAAUGAAACUUCCGUUUAUUUAAAUAAUUCGUUUAUUACAUCUUACAUUAUUAUCACAGUUUUGUCUUUGCUAAUUGGGUUUGGAAGUGAUUUUCCAUAGGACCAGUUCCUUUACGCGAUCGUAGGUGAAGUAUUUAGGAAAGUCGAGUGGUAAUUGUUCGACUGUCCAAGUGGAAUGAGCGUUGCCCGUUUUGACUUUGUCUAGUAAGGCGAGGAAUGUUUCGUAGCACGGCGCCACUGAAUCCAUAUGUUCUAUAGUAAACACAUAGCGUUUCUCUAGAACCACAUACAAUGUUUUCGGCGGCGCGGUGUUCAGAAUCUUUUGUAUGGUGGCCACGAAGGCCGCGGUGACGUCAUCAUCGUAGAUC